AUGAAACUGCUAACUUUCAUGGGUGGCAUUGAACCCUUAAGGGCAGAAACCUGGUUACUCGAAAUAGAGAAACUAUUUGAAGUAUUUCCUUGCUCCGAAACACAAAAAGUUCUUUUGCCCACCUACACAUUAAAAGAUAAAGCUCAUAGAUGGUGGUUACUGAUCCGAACUAAUAGUGGGAACAUGACGUGGACUCAGUUUAAUGAGAUUUUCUACAACAAGUAUUUUUCCCAAUGCUUUAGGGAUUGGAAAGUGUCAGAAUUUCAAGAACUUAAGCAAGGCAGAAUGUCCGUAGCCGAGUACAAAUCUAAAUUCACUGAGUUGGCUUGGUUUGUUCCACAUAUGGUGGAUACUAAUUACAAGAAGGCACAAAAAUUCGAAUGCAGUUUGGAUUUGGAAGUGUUUGACCGAGUUGGCGUCUUGAAAUUGCCGACAUAUGUAAAAGUCCUUGAUAGAGCAUUGAUGGCAGAGGCCAUUUUGGUAGCAAAGAAACAAGCUCUAGCUCCAACAACUGAAUGGAAGGGUAAACGAUCCGGAUUCAAUUUCAAGAAGGGUCAGUCAUUUUCAAAAAGGCAGAAUACGGGAUCCUCCAGCAGCUCUGGCUAG